AUGUCAGCAAGGCGGAAGACUGAGGUCUCGGUGGAACUUACCCUCAAACACGACUUUCCCCGCAGCUCUCUUCGGCUAACAUCGACAAUCUUCACAAACGGCAUGUUGUUUCCUUCUUCAUGGUCGCCCAACGACUCCUCAGGCACGACUUUCCCCGCUCGCUUUUCCGGCCAAUAUCGACCAUCUUCACAAACGGCAUGUUGUUUUCUUCCUUAUCAUCACCCGGUGACUCCGACGAAUGUGCCUCCGCUAGUGGCCUCGGCGAUGCUUCUGGCGCAGGACGUGUCGCUGAGGGCAUCUCCAACGCCGUCUUUGGUGACGACGGGCACAUCUAUUUCCAGCACAGGACAUGUCGCUGAGGGCAGCUCGAACGCCCUCCUCGGCGAUGACAGGCGCGUUUUCUCCCGGCGCCAGCCGUGUCGCUGGGGGCAUCUCCGACGCCGUCCUUGGCGAUGAUAGGCACGUGUCCUUCCACUGGUUCUGGAAUACAAGCCCGUUCCACCUGGGCAUGAUCUUGCUUGUCGGGCAGCGGGCUCGAUAUUGCUCCUGGUGCGGGACGUGUCGCUGAGGGCAGUUCCAACGCCGUCUUUGGCGAUGACGGGCAAGAUGGCCUUCCACCAGUUCUGGAGGGUGAGCUCGUUCCGGGAGUGAUAUUGCCGGCGGAGAAGCUGGAUUCACACUGACAAAAAGGGACAGUCGUGGGCAC